UAUAAAAUCUGUAGACAAUCCUAUCUGGCCUUUCGCCACAACUCUGCCCCUCGCAAGUAACAAACACACCCCGCAACGCCGACAUGGCAGCGCAGGUGCAGCAGAACAGUAGCAACUCCACGUCGGUCAUGGAGCUUGAGGCCGUCCAGUACGCCGAUCUCGGGUCGAACAAGCAGCCACAACCCGAUAACAGUCCCCGUCACACUUCUUCAGGCCUACGGCAGGAAAGCCAUGUUUGCCAGAGCGACGAGCUGUCACUCCCGGGGUCGCUCCCAGCACCAACCACCGCCACAGAGUCGCUGCAACGAUGGAAUUAUCCCAGGAAGAACACAGCUCGUAUAGCGGCCACCUUCUGGGCCUUCCUUGUCAUGGGUGCUAAUGACGCCGCUUAUGGAGCUAUCAUCCCCUAUCUGGAAACCUUCUACAACCUCACCUACACCAUCGUGUCGCUCAUCUUCCUCUCCCCCUUCGCCGGGUACACCCUAUCAGCCAUCCUGAACAACCACAUCCACCAGCACCUCGGCCAGCGCGGCGUCGCCUUCAUCUCGCCGCUGUGCCACAUCAUCGCCUACGUGCUCAUCGCUGUGCACCCGCCGUACCCGGUGCUGGUGAUCGCCUUCAUGAUCGCCGGCUUCGGCAACGGCCUCGCCGACGCGGCCUGGAACGCCUGGAUCGGCAACAUGGAGCGCGCCAACGAGCUGCUCGGCUUCCUGCACGGCGUCUACGGCCUCGGCGCCGUCAUCAGCCCCCUCGUGGCCACGACCAUGAUCACCAAGGGGCAUUUGCCGUGGUAUUCCUUCUACUACAUCAUGGUCGGCCUCGGCGUCGUGGAGCUCACCUCCUCGCUGUACACCUUCUGGGGUGCCACGGCGAGGGAAUACCGCGAGUCGGUGGCCCAGCACGACGGCGGCGGCGGGCAGAAGAACAGCCUCCGGCAGGCGCUCUUCUCGCGGCCCUGGGCCCGCACCACCUGGCUGUGCUCCGUGUUCCUGCUCGGCUACGUCGGCAUCGAGGUCGCUCUCGGCGGCUGGAUCGUCACCUUCAUGAUCCGCGUGCGCCAGGGCGGCGCCUUCGCCAGCGGCAUGACCGCCAUGGGCUUCUGGCUGGGCGUCACAGUGGGGCGGGUGGUCUUGGGGUUCGUCACGCCGAGACUGGGCGAGAAGACGGCCAUUGCGAUCUACCUCCCGCUAUCGAUGGGCCUCGAGCUCCUGUUUUGGCUAGUCCCGCAGUUCUACGUCUCCGCAGUCGCGGUAGGACUCCUGGGAUUCUUCCUGGGGCCCUUGUUUCCGGCUGCCGUCGUGGUGGCGACGAAGCUCCUGCCCCGCCAUCUGCACGUCGGCGCCAUCGGGUUUGCGGCCGCGUUCGGGGGCAGCGGCGCGGCCAUCCUGCCAUUCGCUGUCGGGGCCAUCGCGCAGGCCAAGGGUGUCCAGGUCCUACAGCCUAUCAUCCUUGCUCUUCUCGGCACGAUUCUGCUGCUCUGGCUUGGCUUACCGAGGGUUAACAAGAAACAAGAGUAGGGGGUAUAGGUAGGUUAACUGGUGGAAGGCCUAUCGUGAUCUUGUGAAGAACUCACAAUCUGUGGCGAUACAGUCAAAAGUCCUGUAUUUCCUACCAACCUACAGACGGCUGGAUAGCAAACGCGAUAGAUCAAGAUUUA